AUGGAUCUUUUCAUUCGGAAUGUGCCAGCGGCGGCUACUAGCAAGCACGUCGAGGAACUCUUCUAUCGUCCCCUGGCUGAUUACCAAACUCAUCAUUUUUUCGCGGCCAAACUCGGUGAAGGACCACUUGCGAAAAUCACAAUACUCGAUGUUUCCGCUGGUAUGCGGUUCCUUGCUGACUACGGCACACCGUAUCGAGGGAGAGCUCCGAAAUCGAUACAUUGGGCCGGGCGAUACCUUGCUAUUAGUGAGAGCAAAGAGAAACCUAGCGACCUCGCCAUUCGUUCGUUGCAGGAGAAGUCUCAGAACUCAGUGACAAUGGCUCGCGCGAUUGAGGAGAGGGAUUCUUCCAAGACAAUCACGCGGUUUGCGGCUGGCCAGCUCGAGUGCGGCAAGUGGGACCAUGUCGACGGACGCCUCACCUUUAUUUCGCAUUUUCAAGACCACCGGAACGGCUUCAUAAACAUUGGUCGCAAGCAAGCAAUUGUAAUGCUUGGGCUGGCUGGGUCCGAUCAAUGCCGAAUCGAUUUCAACUACCACGACACUGAAGACAUCGUCCUCGAAUGCUCGUCGAUUAUACUCAAUCUGCGGUACGCGCCCAAGAUUUACAUGAUUGAAAACGGAAUGGCAGGCCUCAUGCAGCAGUUGAGCCUAGGCCCACAACAGAAAGGCCGCCGCAAAAAGGUCCGACUCCCGGCGAUGAGCAACCUCCAUGCGACUGUCACCGGUUCAUGUUGGACCUAUCGCCUCGCAUUGAGCAGCUCCGCAGACGUUCCCGUCAUCAGGAAGCUCCUGGCAAGAAAUGCGCGUCUAUGCCCAAUCCACUUGAUUGAAGCCAGAAGACAACUUCCGAGCCAUUCUCUCGAAGAGGACUUCAAGCGUCUUCAGCACCAGCUGACAAUGGCUGACAACUUCGGUUCUAAGCCAUUCCCCUUGCGCUUUCAGCUCGACCGCCUGGCUCGGAAUGGCUACCUUACUCCUUCCAAAGUCUCUUUGCUACUCCCACUUGUCGCAAGGCUUUUCGCURCGUUUGGCCUACAGCCCGUCCUUGCGGCUCUCCGCCGUUUGUCGCGUGAGCUUCCGUUCGCAGGACCUGGGGUAGAUCCCCUCAUUCUCUCACUUGGCAAGCUGGAGGAGUCUCUAAACCUGUACUGCACGGAGUAUGAUGAGACGGCUCCUACCAAUCCCUACGAGUUGGCAAAGCGAUAUGCCCAUGUCAACCUCAUCCACAAGCUCGUUGUCACACCUUCUGGAGUGCGUCUUGAAGGCCCAGAAGCAGAACCCACCAACCGUGUCUUGCGCAGCUACUCGUAUGCCACAGAUGCUUUUGUCCGUGUUGAGUUCCGCGAUGACGAUGGAGCACCAGUGCGCUACGAGGCGCGAACGGACAUGACCAAAAUAUAUCAUGAACGCUUCAAGGGCGUCCUCGACACCAGUGUGAUCAUCUGCGGCUACGCAUACUCUUUCCUCGGGUUCUCCCAUUCCUCGCUACGCAAUCAGUCCUGCUGGUUCAUGCGUACUUUUGUCGACAGCACUCAACAGCCGGUUUUUGCCGAGCUACUUCUGAAGCGACUUGGCGACUUCGAGAGUAUCAGAACGCCAGCCAAGUGCGCAGCGCGAAUUGGACAGAACUUCACCGAUACCAAUGCUUCGGUCGACAUUCAUCCUAGCGAGCUUGUUGAUCUGCCGCUCGUACAACGUAAUGGCCGCGACUUUGGUGAUGGUGUAGGCACUAUAUCUGCCGAGUUGCUAGACCAAGUACACCGUGUCUACGGUACCAAGAGGAUGCUGAAGCCGAGUGCACUACAAAUUCGCUUCCAGGGAGCCAAGGGUAUGGUCGCUCUCGAURGCAGGUUGAGAGGCAAGAAGUUGUGCUUGAGAUCCAACAUGAUCAAGUUUCCGACUAAGUCGACCUGGAACCUGGAGCUGUGCGGAGCGGCGUUCAAGCCUCUUCCCAUGGUAUUGAACAGACCGUUCAUCAAGCUAUUUGAAGACCUUGGCGUAUCCAUCAGAGCCUUGAUGGACUUGCAGAACAAGUUCAAGGAGAAGCUCACAAAGAUGACACUCUCUGCCACUAACACAGCCACCUUCUUGGAGGACACCGAGACUCCCAGUGCCACAAAACUCCCUUCGCUCGUUCGGUAUCUCGGUCAAGUUGGGCUCGACUAUCAUGCCGACCCGUUCCUUUACAGUGUUGUAGAGAUGACAGUGGUUACGAAGCUUCGCGAGGUCAAAUAUAAAGGCCGCAUCCCGGUCGAAGAUGGUGUCACUCUCUACGGCAUCAUGGACGAAACUGGAAUCUUGAAGGAACGCGAAAUUUACGUCGUCACCGAGAAAGCACCUCAAGGUGGCAGGCGCGUCAUAGUUCACAAGAACGUGGUGGUGACACGUUCGCCGGCGAUGCACCCUGGCGAUAUUCAAGUGGUGGACGCUGUGGACGUCCCCGAAAACUCGCCGCUCGCUAAACUCCGCAACGUUGUCGUAUUCUCACAGCAUGGAGCCCGCGAUCUACCCAGCAUGCUGAGUGGUGGAGAUCUGGACGGCGAUUUGUACAACGUGAUCUGGGCACCGCAGCUCGUUCCCUCCGUUACCUACACCGCCGCCGACUACCCAAGGGUCCCCCCAAUGGAACUGGAUCGUGUCGUCACGAGGAAAGACAUGAGUGACUUUUUCGUUACUUUCAUGGAGACUGAUCAGCUCGGCAUGAUUUGUUCUGCACAUCUUCAAAUCGCCGAUCAGAAGGACAAGGGUACUCUCGAUGAAGACUGCAUCAAGCUUUGCAAAAUGGCAUCAACAGCUGUCGAUUUCUCCAAGACUGGUAUCGCAAUGACCGAGCAGAUGCCCAGAUACCCUCGAGUUCGGCCAGACUUCAUGGCACCGAGCCCAAGAGUCUUCGUUUCUUCGUCUGGCUUCCUGGAUUACGAAGACACAGACGAGGAAGAGGACGAAGCUCUCGAAGGCAUCGACUCAGAGAAGCCCCGUAUGCGGUACUACACCAGCCAGAAAGCUCUUGGCAAACUCUUCCGCAACAUCGACGAGCGUAAAUUUGUCGCAAACAUGCAGCAGAGACAGCGCAGUGCUUCGGGACUCCUAGCUCGAGGAGGCCCGACCGUCAUGAUGAGCUUGCUGAAAUAUGCAAAGCACUGGGCGCUCCAGUACGGUGUCAUCUACGAGCACCACAAAGUGCUGGCGAGAAAGAUCCGCAAGGUCUACGAGGAGAGUCUUGAUACCAUCCUCCACGACUACGAGCCUAUGCCAAAUUCUCCCUUAUCCGAAACCGAGGUCUUUGCCGGGCAGAUUGUAGGCCGCCAAGGAGGUCUCCAGGACAAACCACUCAAGGACCUCGCCAAGACGAUGCGAGAGCGAUUCAACACUCUGGUCGAACAUGCCACCAUGCGUAUCACCAAGGACGACGAAGCAAUGCGUGAGGCCGACGACUUGGACGACCUCUACGACGACACGCACUACGACGAGCGUGAAUUGGAAGCACUGCCGAGAGCUCUGGCGUGCUUCGAGGUCGCGGUGUCGGAGAGCGGAUACCGGGAUCCGAAGCUGGGMGAGCUCAAGAGUUUCGGUUACGUCGCGGUCGGCGUGGUGCUGAGGGAGUUGGAUCGAUACAGGGUCACUACCUUUGGAUCGAGAAGUGGUUUGCCUCGGGCAUGA